AACAAUUGAAAAUCGCCACCGCCUUAUUCAGCGAGACGCAAUAGAACUCGACGGUCGAGCUUGUAUAAUAAUCACUAAUAAUAAAUAUCAAAAGAAAAAUAUGCAAGAAGGUAAAAAAAGUUUUUUGUCUUUCUCUUUCAACUAAUUUUCAUGUGCCGUAAUCAUCACGCGAAAACUUGCAGAGAAAGCUCGCACGCAAAACAGCAGCAGGUUCAUCGAUACGAUGAUCGAACAAUGGAUGAAUCAAACGGGGAACGAGGUUCCAUUACAGCCCACGGAAGAGCAGACAGCCAAAGGUUCGAGCACGCAAGAUGCAGGCAAACAACAAGUCCAGAACGAUGCGGAACGCGUGAUUCAAAGUCUGAAGCGGAAAUUGAAGGAGAGCCAGGAAGCGCAGGCCUCCUUGUCUGCCUCCUUGGAGAUGGACGCACGCAACAAGGAGGAAAUUCAGACAAAGUAUGGCUUCUUUCUUCUUCCUUUUUUUAUCGCGACGAAUCUCUCUUAUAUAUUCGGCGACUUUCUUUUUUUGGCAACAACAGGCUGAACGCCACUUGGGUGUACAUCGAGAAUGUCACGGAAUAUUUGAAUUACAUCAGAGAGAGCCUCGCCAACUUUCAACAGCACCGCGCUAGUUUGUCCACCAUAUACGAGAACAUAAUCCUGAAACAACAAGAAGCUAUUCAGAAAUUGCAGCUGAACGAUACGAAAUCGAAAGAUCUGGAGAGUUCUGUCACACAAUUGAAAAAUAAAUCGCUACUUCAAGAGGAAAGAUUACAAGAGGCGAUGGAGGAGCAGAAUAAAUUGCGGAAACAGUUGGAAAACUCGGAAUACGAGCUGCAGUUGCAGAGAAAUGAAUUGGCGAACGCACAUGCUGCGGAAAAGCUGACGCUCGUCAAAGAACAGCAGCAGUUGCUAUUGGAAUACGAAAAUUUACAGUCGCGAUUUCAGACGGUCGAGAAAGAGAAAUGCGACAUCGCGAAAUCGGUCGGACAACUAGAAAACAAAUUGCUACUUCAAGAAGAGAAACUGCAAGAAGCGCUGACGGAGCAAAACAAAAUGCAAAAACAAGCGGAAAACGCCGAGCGCGAAUUCCAUUUGCAGAAAAAUGAAUUAGCAAGCGCGCAUGCCGAAGAAAAGAAAUUACUUAUUGAAGAACAACGGCGACUGGAAUCAAAAUUAGAAAAUUUACAAUCACAACUGAACAUGUUAGAACAAGACAAGGUCAAUAUUAGGAAUUUGAUAGCACAAAAGGAUGCACUUAACUCAAAACUUCAAAAUGAAAUCCCUACGUACAAAAAUCAAAUCGAUAUGAUAAUAGCGAGAUACAACGAGACGCGUACUAAAUGCGAAAUAUUAACGGAGAAGCAAGAUAUGCAGGAGAAAGAAUUACGUACAAAAACGGAAAUGAUUCAUAAUUUAGAGACGACGUUAAACGCAAUAAAGCGAAGGGAGUCAAGUUUCGUUAAUGACGUAAACAGAUUAGAGAAAAAAUUGACUAACGAAAUGGAUUAUUCCAAGAAUCUCGAAAGUAAGCUUUCGAACGUGCAGAAAGACUUGCAGCUCGCGCAAAAUCAAAACGACGAAAUGCAAAAGAUUCUGGAAAGGUCUAAGACCACCAGCGAAUAUGCCCACAUCGAGCUUCAACAGCAACUAAAGGCAACAGCUCUUCAGAGGGAAAAAGAAGUUAUAAAGGCAACAGCUCUUCAGAAGGAAAAAGAAGUUAUAAAACGGGAAAGCACGAGGGUUAAGGUUUCUACCGUGAGUUUAAACAAUAGCGAAGAAGAUAAACCAUUGUCGCAAACGCGUGUACUCUCGAUGAAUCGUGCAUCUUCGACGAAGAGGCAGAGUCAGAACGAGCAGGAGGUGGAGGUUCCAUCAUCGGGAAAAAAGUUUUUCAAGAUGCGUUCUCUUCAACGUACUUACUCCAAACGACGAGAAAAUUAAAGAGACUUACGAAGAGGUCAUUGUUAUGAAAUCGACAAUGAUCUCGUUAAGCUUUCUUGAUCUUUCAUUUCUUUUCAAAGUUCAAUUUAAAGCAUAUUUAUAAAAUAUAUAGGAUUUUUAUCAAAAAAUUAUAAAUAUUAGUCAUAAGCACAGUAUUGUGUUCGAUGUAAACCUUCCGAUUAAUAUCGGACAAGCAAGUAGUCGUAUUUAGGGUAACGUAUAGUGAAUACGGAGCUCCUCAUCAUCGCGCGAUCUCAGAAAAAAACGCCCACGCACCUUCGACACGGAGCCGACGAUAUUGUAGCUAUAGUGGAAGCGCGCAGAAAAUUUAAAUUUAAACGUGAUUCAUCGGUCCACUAUCCGGCCAAUAAAUGAUCCCCUUUGAUUUAAACGUGAUUCAUCGGUCCACCAUCCGGCCAAUAAAUGAUCCCCUUUGAAUCGACACGCGAGGCCCAAAUUACGCAACGUAAUGGAACCACGCAAAAUCUUACCGUCGUUCUGUAACUGGAAGCUAUUGUAUAUGCGUUACUUUCUGUUCCGGAGUUACAGCACAGUCUGUAACUUAUAAAAAAAAAAACGUAUCACUUUCAUGUUAUGUAUACAGCAAUUUUAAUUUUUGCCGGUUGCUUCGUAAGUUCUUGUGGACACGAACUUUGAUAUUCUUUGAAUUCUCUAGCUCAAGCUAUUCUCUCUUGCGCGUAUUAAUCCUUAAUGUGCCUAUAUUAGCGAUGAACUUUUAGAGCCUCGUCCUCGAGACGUCCAUAAUUUUCCGUAUUUUCUCCAACUCUAUCUCGCGUUCGCGCGAGAGGCGAGCAUCUGCCACGAAAUCUGGAUCGCGCAAUAAUAACCCGAGCCAUAUGACAGAGAACUAUUUAAAAGUAGCACGUCCCACUUUCCACGAGGGCGACCGUAUUUUUUUUUCCUUCUGUGUCAGGACCUCGACACGUUACCUACGCCCUGUACCGAUGAGCCAUGUGCUGGAAUAUGCAAUGUAAUCAGAGUUGAGAACAACGCGCGCUGUUUUAUUCGAACAAAUCAGACGAUCCUUGUUCUGACAUUUCUGUCUCCCAAUAUGGAUACAUUCAAAUCAUUCUGAUUCAGAUUCAUGUUUACAAUGAUAUGAUACAAUAUGAAAAAUCUGUCCUCCUUUUUAUUUGUUCCUCGUAUUCAUUCGUUUCCCAUCGGUUUUUUUUUUUUUAUUCAAGUUGUAAUAUUAGGAUAUAUGCAAUGUCAUAUAUGUUAUAUCAAAUUAAGAAAUAAAAGAAAUCUUAAACAGUUAAUUGUUCUAUCAGACAACUGAUUGUGAAACUUAAUGAAAAGAUCAAAAUAUAAUUCUCUUCCCGUUGCCAUUUAAAUAGACAUUAGAGACGCGCAAUCGGCGCAUCUGAGACCUGCUCUAUCACAUUGGAUUGUUUUAAUAAAAGAUAGCCAACAGUGAAACAUUCAUGCGAAUUUUGUUUCGGCUUAUUUGCCGGAUGUUAUAAUCAUUACGAAGCUGUCCAAUUUUCACAGCAGCUGCGUCUGUGCGAUUUCGGAAAACCUAUUUCUCGUUUAACUGAAUAAGCCGCUAAUAUUAGAAUACCGAAACGUGUGGAAUCACGCACGCUUGCGUCGCCUAUACGGGGUGUCGCGUCGACGAUGUGGAUAGGAAAAAAGUAUCUCCAAUGGUAUCUCGUUUAUUAUCGAGCUAACGAAGAAGAUAGCACAUUGAGAAAGUCUUGAAGACAUACAUUUAAUCCACACGAACACAAUAACGAAGGAUCUUCGACUCCGCUUUUGGCU